AUGACGGUUGGCUUUGUCCGAAUUUCCACUCCCUUGCUGCUUGUAUUCUUCCUAGUCAUUGGUCAUGGUCAAUUUGUCCCCCCGGGCACUUGUAGCAAGGAUGAUCCUGAACAAAGUGUAAGAUCCGAAAAUAACAUGAACUUUUUUCUAAUUCCUUGUUCAGUUUUCCGACAUCAAGGUCUGCCUUCUCAAGCACGUCAGCGAUUUCCAAACCAAGCGGUUUGAUGCACUUGGCCAGGAAGACAUUAUCAAAUUCAUGAAAACAAAAGUAGAACACCUGGAUGCCAAGGAGAAGAAGAGUUUUUGCAGGCAAGCAGUUAAUUAGAGGAAAAUAAGUUUGUUUCUCUUUUCAGGGACUUUAUGAGAUUCCUCAGCUGUUUGCGUGACGUGGUCUGCGAUGUGAAUUUUGUUAUGAACAGGUUCACGGUGCUAUUCACUCCUUUCUUCAAAUGGCCCGCGAUUUGCAACGAUUUUUCUGCUGAAGGUAACCCGGUAUUUUACUGUAUGAAAAAGUGAGUUUAGCCGCUGAUCAAAUGGUCCAAUGUGUCCGCGAUAUCGACAUUGAUUCCCAUCGGAAACUGGCCAAGCACCGACAUCAGUGCAGGUAAGUGGAAUACAGAAAACGAAGGGGAAAGGUAGUCUUGAAAAGGGUAGGCACGUCAAUUCAGCACAUUUCCUGAACCGUUUCGAAACUUCGUAUCGUUUUCAUUGAUUUAAAAGACAGACGAAAUGCCGCGAAAUUAUCGGCACCUUUUGUCGCCUGAAAUAAUUGCGUUUUCUCGAAAAGGAAGAAGAAAGAUAAGAAAAUGCCUUUUAUCGGAUAGUUACAUUUCGUUUUGAACGAAUCACCAAAAAGGGGCGGGAAAUUUUUUCUUCUAUUUUGGAUUGACGUGGUAGGGUUCUGACAUAGCUGUACCGACGUUGAAACCUCUACAGAUAAAAAAGAAAACAUUAUUCCAAAAUUCGACUAAAACAACAAUUUAUGUGUGAGAACGGCGGGAAAGCAUCAUUAAAAUUGGGAUUAGAAGUAGAAAUUGACCUUGCCGGCCAACGGCCUUGUGGCCUUCUUCAACUUCUUCUCCAACUGUCUGUUCCGCCGACGCAACUGCCUAAUUUUCUGUGUGAGUUGAGCAAGUUGAUUCUUGAGGACUUCAACUUCAGACGACUGAGGAAGAACUGGAGGAGUUGGAGAUUCGGUUGGGCUUCGUCCUUGACGUCUUGGCUGUCUUGCGAUCUUCCUGAAGCUCUCAGCCGACUUUUUCCUCAUUUGCAUCAUCUGCGCAAGGUUUGCACGCGCCUUCUCCAGCCCUUUCUUGCGUUUCUCCCUCAGUUCCUGGAAAAUGAUGCAAUAAUGAAUUGACAAGUGCCCUUUUUCAACUGUCAAAUAUCCAGACUUCUUCUUUACAGCGUCCGCUAGGAUAUCUCACACAAAAAAGCAAAUCAGCUACUUUUUUGUUCCUAAAACUGAAGAAUAAAGAGAAAUCUUACAUUUUCUGGAAACACGUCGAUAGAUGGAGAAUCAGUGUUUGGGUCACAGCGCGAUGGGCCUGGCUCCAUGGACUCAUCCGUUAUAUUCAACACUUGAAACUGAAAACAGCGUAAUUUUAAAGAUAAUAUACAUCCACAAAUUAUUCCAAAUCUCAGAGCUACGAUACCAUCUAACAAAAUGUUCAUUCGUUCAGAAAAAAAACUAAAAUAUUGGGCGCAGUUCGAAAUCUCUAUUUCCAAUUUUGUAUUACGUGUUUUGGCUUCGUAGAAAUUGGACAGAAAUAAUUUGGACAGAGCGCGGAAAUUGGACAAGGUGAAAUUGGACAGAUUUUUUUCGCUGCAAUCAGGGGUGACCACCGGGCCGGGCCUGACAAAUUUUGAAACGGGCCGGGCCGCGGGCCUGAGCCAUUUUCAGGCCCGGCCCGGUUUUGUCGAAAUGCCAAGCGUUUGGCAUUCAAUGUUUUCGCGCAGAGAAAAUUUUUUGAUAGGUUUGUAUUUUUAGUAUAUCAAGUUCUACAAUAGUUUAUUACUUUAUGGUACUUUUUUGCAUAUAUGUUAUAAUAUAAGGUCCGAAUUAGAACAUAUAAUACAUAUAAGACAGUUCUUAGCAGAUUUUAGCACCACAGAGCCGGUAAGAUCAAAGGAAAAAUUCCAGCUCGCGCCCUAACCGGGCUUUUACCGGGCCGGGCCUGAUUUCUGCCGGGCCGGGCCUGCAAAAUUUUGAACCGGGCCGGGCUCCGGGCCUGAAAUUUGGAAAAACAGGCCCGAUCGCCACCCCUGGCUAUUUCACGUUCAGUUUUGCGUCAAAUUUUUUGAAAGUCCCUUUUCCUUCGCGGAGUUUAUUUUUUAUUUUCAGCCGCAAAUUGAUCAACGCCAUAGUGAAUGACUUCGGAACCAAAGACAAUUGCCGGAUUUUGAAGCGGAAUGAAACUAUUUUCUUGUGCAAUAUGGGAAUGGCAUCUCUUCCUGGCUUCUGCCCUCGGCAUCUAUGCGCUGAAAAGGUCGAGAAACUGCUGGGGAAGCACGAGGAGAUCAGCAGAGAAGAGAUUCAGACGCAUUUUGUCGCCGUUUUUAAAGCUGACUUUGAACAAGUCAGAGGAAAUCAAUUUUAA